AUGGCUGAGAACAAGCGCUUUAGCUUGGAAGAGAUCAAGAAGGAGAACGUCGAUCUCGAGCGCAUACCAGUGCAAGAAGUAUUUGAACAAUUGCAAUGCUCAAGAGAAGGUUUGUCAACUGAGGAGGGGAAUAAGAGGCUCCAAAUCUUUGGCCCAAACAAGCUAGAAGAAAAGAAGGAAAAUAAGUUUCUGAAAUUCCUGGGUUUUAUGUGGAAUCCUCUGUCUUGGGUGAUGGAGGCUGCCGCUAUCAUGGCCAUAGCUUUGGCAAAUGGAGGGGGCAAGCCAGCAGACUGGCAGGAUUUUGUGGGAAUAGUGGUAUUGCUUGUAAUUAACUCCACCAUAAGCUUUAUAGAAGAAAACAAUGCAGGCAAUGCUGCAGCAGCACUUAUGGCAGGUCUUGCACCAAAAACCAAGGUUCUGAGGGAUGGAAGAUGGACAGAGCAAGAAGCUGAAAUCUUGGUACCAGGAGAUGUGAUUAGUGUCAAGUUAGGAGAUAUCGUCCCAGCUGAUGCUCGUCUCUUAGAGGGAGAUCCACUCAAGAUUGACCAGUCUGCCCUAACUGGUGAGUCUUUGCCAGUUACAAGGAACCCGGGUGACGAAGUCUUCUCUGGAUCCACUGUCAAACAAGGCGAGAUUGAGGCUGUUGUGAUUGCAACUGGGGUUCACACCUUCUUCGGCAAGGCUGCUCACCUGGUGGACAGCACCAAUCAAGAAGGACAUUUCCAAAAGGUGUUGACUGCCAUUGGAAACUUCUGCAUUUGCUCGAUUGCUGUGGGGAUGGCAGUAGAGAUAGUGGUAAUGUUCCCAAUUCAGCGCCGACAGUACAGGAAUGGGAUUGACAAUCUCUUGGUACUUCUCAUUGGAGGUAUCCCAAUUGCCAUGCCAACGGUAUUGUCUGUGACAAUGGCUAUCGGUUCCCACCGGCUCUCACAACAAGGUGCUAUCACCAAGAGGAUGACAGCCAUUGAAGAGAUGGCUGGAAUGGAUGUUCUUUGUAGUGACAAGACUGGGACUCUUACUCUCAACAAGCUUACAGUAGACAAGACCAUGAUCGAGGUAUUUGUGAAGGAUGUGGACAAGGAUGCUCUGAUUUUACUUGGGGCUAGGGCUUCUAGGGUUGAGAAUCAGGAUGCUAUAGAUGCUUGUAUUGUUGGCAUGUUGGGUGACCCCAAGGAGGCCAGAGAAGGUAUCACUGAAGUCCAUUUUUUGCCCUUUAACCCAGUUGAGAAGCGUACAGCCAUAACAUACAUAGACUCUGAAGGCAACUGGCACCGAGUUAGCAAAGGCGCACCGGAGCAGAUCAUUGAGCUCUGCAACCUCCGGGAAGAUGUAAAAAAGAAAGCUCAUGCAAUCAUUGCUAAGUUUGCUGAUCGCGGUCUACGCUCUCUUGCUGUUGCUACACAAACAGUGCCAGAAAAAACCAAGGAGAGCGCAGGAGGACCAUGGCAGUUUGUGGGUCUAUUGCCUCUCUUUGAUCCUCCAAGGCAUGAUAGUGCAGAGACCAUUCGCCGGGCACUCAAUCUUGGUGUCAAUGUUAAGAUGAUCACUGGUGACCAGCUUGCUAUUGGGAAGGAGACUGCUCGCAGGCUUGGCAUGGGAACAAAUAUGUAUCCUUCUUCCUCGCUCCUUGGGGACCACAAGGAUGAGUCCAUUGCUGCCCUUCCUGUUGAUGAGCUUAUUGAGAAGGCUGAUGGGUUUGCUGGCGUCUUCCCUGAGCAUAAAUAUGAAAUUGUGAAGAGGCUGCAAGAGAGGAAACAUAUAUGUGGGAUGACUGGAGAUGGUGUGAAUGAUGCCCCAGCUCUAAAGAAGGCAGACAUUGGAAUCGCAGUAGCUGAUGCGACUGAUGCAGCUCAGAGUGCAUCUGACAUAGUUCUGACAGAGCCAGGAUUGAGUGUGAUUAUUAGUGCUGUCUUGACUAGCAGAGCCAUUUUCCAGCGAAUGAAGAACUACACGAUCUAUGCAGUUUCUAUAACUAUCCGUAUAGUGCUGGGGUUUAUGCUUCUGGCGCUAAUAUGGAAAUUUGAUUUCUCACCAUUUAUGGUUCUGAUAAUUGCCAUACUCAAUGAUGGAACUAUCAUGACCAUUUCAAAAGACAGGGUGAAGGCUUCUCCUCUUCCAGACUCAUGGAAGCUUAAUGAGAUCUUUGCCACUGGCAUUGUUCUUGGCACCUACUUGGCUGUCAUGACUCUUGUUUUCUUCUGGGCUGCUCACACAUCCGACUUCUUUACGGAUAAAUUUGGUGUAAGAUCUAUCAGGAACAGCAAUGAAGAGCUCACGGCAGCUGUCUACCUUCAAGUGAGUAUUGUGAGUCAGGCGCUUAUCUUUGUUACUCGGUCCCGAAGCUGGUCUUUUGUUGAACGCCCUGGCCUCUUGCUUCUGGUUGCCUUUCUUUUAGCACAGCUGGUGGCCACCAUCAUUGCUGUGUACGCAAAUUGGGGCUUUGCGAGGAUUCAUGGAAUUGGGUGGGGAUGGGCCGGCGUAAUUUGGCUCUACAGCAUCAUCUUCUACAUCCCUUUGGAUAUCCUUAAAUUCAUUAUCCGAUAUGCGUUGAGUGGCAAGGCCUGGAAUAAUUUGCUUCAGAAUAAGACUGCUUUCACAACAAAGAAGGAUUAUGGAAGGGGAGAGAGGGUGGCACAAUGGGCUGCAGCUCAACGUACUCUUCAUGGGCUGCAUCCUCCACAAUCAUCGGAACUUUUCAAUGAUAAGAUCAACCAUGGGGGGGAGUCAUCUGAAAUCGCUGGGCAGGCCAAGAGGCGUGCUGAAGUCGCCAGGUUGAGAGAGCUCCAUACACUGAAGGGGCACGUUGAGUCUGUUGUGAAACUGAAGGGAAUUGACAUUGAAACCAUUCAGCAACACUACACUGUUUGAGUUAGGAAAUCAUUUGGCAAGUGAGCUGGGUUGAGAAUAAUCAA